CCGGAGGUCGUUGGGCAGAGCCCCAUUCAUGGGAGCCAAAACAGAUCCUAAGUAAAAGGCCUUGUAUAGAGCUAGACUAUUUAGGAGAGAAAGGGCAUGGUUUCCCAUUUUUGUAUUUGUAUUUGAUGGCUGUUUCUUUGUUAGAACAGAAUCUUUAG